UCGCAUCAUUACAACAAGAGAGCACUAACACAACAACAUCGUUUCAUUCAUCAUGAACGUUUUCAUGCUGUUGGUGUGUGUGCUCGCCAGCGUCCACGUGACUACAGCAGAAUCAGCUGCGCACAGGUGUUUCUGCCAGGUCACUGGGACCCUGGAUGACUGUGCAUGUGAUGUUGAGACCAUUGACAAAUUCAACAAUAAAGACAUCUUUCCCAAACUGCAAAAACUGCUUUCGUCUGAUUAUUUCAGGUUUUACAAGGUCAAUCUAAACAACCCUUGUCCGUUCUGGAGUGAUCACAGUCAAUGUGGACUCACAUAUUGUGCUGUGAAAUCAUGCACGCCAGGUGAGGUACCUGAGGGCAUUAAGUCCAGCAGUUAUAAGUAUUCAGAGGAAGCCAGUCAGGAUGUAGAGGGAUGUGACAUGACUGAGAAACUAGGAGCUGUCAACGGUUCCCUAAGUGAUGAGACACGUCAGGCGCUCAGUGAAUGGAAGAAACACGACGACGAUUCCGACCGCUUCUGCAUGUUAGAUGACGAAGAUUCGCCCCAGUCACAGUAUGUUGACCUCCUGUUGAACCCUGAGCGUUUCACUGGUUAUAAAGGACCAGAGGCGUGGCGGAUAUGGAACAGCAUAUAUGAGGAGAAUUGUUUCAAACCGUAUUCAGUUAAACGGCCACUGAAUCCUUUGGUGUCCAACAGCGGAAACAUUGACGGUCAGGGAUUCCACCGCUGGCUUGAGGGUUUGUGUGUUGAAAAACGAGCUUUCUUCAGACUAAUAUCAGGACUUCACGCGAGUAUAAACGUACACCUCAGUGCCAGAUUUCUUCUAGAAGAGAACUGGUUUGAGAUGCAGUGGGGUCACAAUGUCUCCGAGUUCCAGGUGAGGUUUGACGAAGAGCUGACCAAAGGGGAGGGGCCGAAGAGACUACGGAACCUUUACUUCCUGUACCUCAUCGAGCUGCGUGCUCUUGCAAAAGUCCUCCCUUAUUUUGAUCGUCCCGCCUUUCAUUUGUACACCGGCCAGUCUGAGCAGGAUGCAGAAAACAAGAACAUGCUUUUAGAGCUCCUCCAAGUGGCAAAAUCUUUUCCGCUGCAUUUUGAUGAGACUACACUUUUUGCGGGAAAUAAGAAAGAAGCUCUGAAACUCAAAGAGGACUUCAAGCGUACAUUUAAGAACAUUUCACGCAUCAUGGACUGUGUUGAAUGUUUUAAAUGCAGACUUUGGGGCAAAUUGCAGACACAGGGCCUGGGAACAGCCCUCAAAAUCCUGUUCUCAGAAAGACAAAUAGAGGCCAUGCCUAACACAAGAAAUAGCACUCCGUCUUUCCAGCUGAGUCGCCAGGAGAUUGUCUCCCUGUUUAAUGCCUUUGGAAGAAUCUCCACAAGUGUCAGAGAGUUGGAGAAUUUUCGUUCGUUGUUGUCAGAUCUGAAACAGUGACUUAAAAAGUCCACCCUAAUGGAUUAUAUGACACAGCUUUUGCCCCCAGGAUGAAUAAAUUGUUGUCUUAAGAGUCGUUUGUACUUUAUACACAGUUCAACCUCACUGAAGUUGUGCAGUUUAGUCUGAAACUGUUGCUAGGAAUCGUUCUACAGAACAUAGAAAUAUGUUUUGUUAAAUAUUGCUUAGAAACUACAAGCUCCAAUGGAAACCAUAAAUAAAAUCUAGUUCAAAAUGGUUUACAAAAGGGACUUUUAUCAAAGUCAUUUAUUUAUUUCGCAGAUGUUAAGUUACAGUUUCUUUACAUGUUUGCUUAUUUAAGUCACGUGAAGAUAUGAACAUAUUGAUUACAUUUUUCAUGAUUUUCCUUUUAUAAAUAGAGGACUUUUAUUUUGGAAUAUUGUUGUUAAUUAUCUUUUUUUUUUGCUAUACACAACAUGCUAUUGUUUCUGUGUGUUUGUGAAGUUUGGCUGUGUUUAUAUAUAAUUGAUAUAAUUUAUAUACACAUCCGCAUGUGAUUUCUGGUUUUGGAGCUCAUGAUCUCCGCAUUGCUUUUUGUGCGAGAUGCAAAAAUCUCAAAUGUUGCAAUUCUUUAUUAAACAUCUUAAUCCAGCAGCUCAGAAUUAUAAAGUGCUGAAUAGGCAACUGUAAUGUUUUUCAUGUGGGCCGUGGAGCUCAGAUUCACAAGGAACUCUGGCCUAAUUCCUGCUGUUUCCAAGGAUCCAAUGUGACUUAACCAAUGCAAAUUCAAUUGUGGCCAGAAGUUCAGCCAAGAAACAAACACAAUUAGACUUGGGUUCUCAAGAGAAAUGAACACUGGUAUUUUGAAGCAAAAACGCUGGAGAAAAAGUAGGGAUGUUUUACUUCUACAGUUAAUCAUACACUUGCACAUAGUCUUUAACAUUUCACAAAUGUACACAAUAAUUUGGAAUUAAAGGGAUAGUUCACCAAAAAGUAGACAUUGUUUCAUAAUUUACUCGCACUCUUUUUUUUUGUUACCUGUAUGACUUGUUUAAUUUGAAGAAUGUUGGUUACCAAAAGCCGUUUGUCCCCAUUGACAUCUAUUGCAUACACAAAACCAAUGCAAGUCAAUGUGGACCGAUGGUUUUCUGUUACCAACAUUCUUCAAAAUAUCUUUUAACAGAAGAAUGAAAGUCUAUCAGGUUUGAAAUGAGAAGGUGCAUAAAUAGUGACAGAAUUUUCAUUUUUGGGUGAACUAUACCUUAAUGCUUUUUUGAGCAUUUUGGAUAUUUAUUGUGAAACAUCAAGGUUUUUUAUUUUUACAAUUUUGUCAUCAAUAUAUUAUACAACUUAAGAAUUACAACAUGAAACACAAUAAGACAAAUAAGCUGUUUUACUAAAACAGUGCAAUAAAACUUUAUUUUUGAAAUGGUA